UGCAUGUUGUGCUCUAGUCGCGCAUUUUUCAGUCGUCUCUGUUUAUAUUUAGGAAAAACGGGGCAUUUUUAAACGAGUUAAGAGGCAAGCUUUCAGCGACACAAACACAGGAACAUCUCCCACACCGGCUCUAUCCGCUGGGCUCUCUUGAAGGUUUGAAGAGAUGUCGUCCGUGUGGCAGCAGGAGCCGUCAGGUUAUUCCCCCUGUGUAGAGAUUGACUCCAGCUCUGUGAGGUGCAAAGACAGGCUCACCUCUCCGGUCUGGCUGAAGCAGGAACAAGACGACCUUCGGAUCAUCAAGUGGGAGAACUUUCAAACGGGCACUUCAGCUGAUGCUGUUCAGGACAACACACCCAGCAGUGCCAUGUCUGCUGGCUCACAUGCUGAAAGCCUGCCCCCGCGGGUGCUGCUGACCAUCACCAAGCUGCAGUGCAUGCUGGAGAGCAAACAGGAGCGCAUUGCUGCACUGGAGAGGCAGGUGGAGGACCUGAUGCAAGACCGCAAGUUCCUGAGGAGCCAAAUUGAAAACCUCACAAGCAGCCGCUCCAUGCCAACUUUUGCAUCACCCAGUCCACUUGCUGAAGCUCCUAAACCCAGCAAAGUGCAGCACUCAGAAAACAAGUCUCGGAAGAGAGAGAGAGCUUCUUCGUGUUCCUCUGACAGCAGCGAGAGCGGCUCAGAACCGUCAGACUCAUCUGAAGUUUCAGCGGCCUCGAGUGAACACAGAAGGAAGAAACACCAUAAGGACAAGAAAAGAUCAAAGAAAGGGAAGGACUACAGCAGGAAGAGAGCCACCGGUGUCCAGUACGUUAUCCAUCGCUACAAACAAGUCCUGUCAGCCUUCAUCAAGAAGAAGAGCAUGAGUGAAGCGUUCCGCCAUCUUGGAAUCGACCGGAACACCAUUGCCAACACGGCAUCGAUCGCUGAGCUCCACAUGGCUGGCAAAGACAUGGUCCCCCUGGUGGGCAUGUUUCGCCAAGGAGAAGAGACUCUGGUCAGCUACGCGCACAGGUGCACCCUGGUCAUCGACAGCGACGCCGACCUGUCCAGGAAAAUAGACCAAAUGAAAGCUAACGGCGAGCUUCUGCCCAUCUCAGGGAAAAGGCCGAGGGUGUUGCAUUCUCACCUGCAGCAGCUCGGGGGCACUGCAGAGAGCAUUUUAAUAGGUUGAUGAUUAUUUCAUUGCAUGGAGGAGGAGGUGAAACAUAAUGCCUUCACAAAAUUGUGUUUUUUCCCACCAAUCUGAACUGCUGGAUUUAAAUGUUUUAUGUAGCAUUUUUGCAUUUUCUUAAAAGCUGAUUUAUGUCUCAAGGGGAACAAAAAUCCAAUUAUUUUCAGUACAUGAACACAUUAAGGAUGUAUAUUUUGUACUUAACAGCCAUGAAAACAAUUUACAGCUGCUGUGACUAAUGUUUUUUUUUUUUUAAUUAUUAUUUAAGGGGAGACACGCCAGGUGAAUAGGGUACAUUUCUUUAAUUGAUAUCACCAUGUAACUUCCCCAGUUGAUGACUUACGGUAAGACAGUUACUUAAGUUACGUUUUCUGAAACAUUGGAUAAAGCCAGGUUCAAAAUCUUUGUUUCAUUUUGUUGUCAUAUUAAAGUCAAAGGGAAUUUUGCUUUUCUCUUUUUAUCACAUCAAUCAGAAAAUAUAGUCAGCAGCCAGAAAAAAAUAAAUUUUUGCCAUUCUUAGGAGUAAAAUGUUCUACAAAUCAAGCUAUGAAUGAUAUAUAAACUAUUUUAUAGGAAUAAUCUAACUGUGUAACUUAGUUUCAUCUUCAUCCCCACAUGUUUGACACAUCACUUGACUUAAGGAAGCAUACAUUAUUCUACAUAAAAACUUGCGUGCAUGUACCAAGGGUAUUAUUUUAAGCAAUGGCUUAUAUAUCAUCAAAGGGUUUUGAUUGGAUCCACUAGUCACAUACAUGUACAUUUACAUUUACUUUAUACAGACACACACAAUAUGUCACCACACUUGCACUCACAUGUCUGUUUGAUCUUUUGUGUUGUUUUUAGCCUGAAUCUGUUUGUCCUUUUCUUUACAUUUUCUUAACCUUAGUUUACCCAAGGAAGGGGCUGCAUCUGGCCUGUAAAUGAACUGCAGCAAGCGGACCUUCAUACAUUGCAUCUGUUGCAUUAUGUCAUUACUACUACUUCAUUUCUGUUGUCAGCCCUGUUGCACCUCACAGCAAGAGGGUUCCUGGUUUGAACCCAGGGUGGGGGAGCCCUUCUGUGUGGAGUUUGCAUGUUCUUGCCAUGUCAGCGUGGGUUUUUCUAUGUGUACUCCA